GAUCGGGCAAAGGUACCCAAGCUGAGUACUUAAUCAAAGAAUAUGAAAUCCUUCACAUCUCUACAGGUGAUUUAUUCCGAUAUGAAAUGGGUAAUAAUACCGAACUAGGUCUGAAAGCCAAAGAAUAUAUGGCCAAAGGAGAAUUGGUACCUGAUGAGGUUACCAUUGGUAUGCUCAAAAAUAAAGUCAAUGCUAAUCCCGAAGCUAAGGGUAUCAUCUUUGAUGGUUUUCCACGUACUAUCCCACAGGCAGAAGCACUUGAUGCAUUCUUAGCAGAAAAAGAUACUGAAGUUUCAGCUUUGAUUGCCAUGGAUGUUCCUGAAGAAGAGCUUGUUAAACGUCUACUCGGCAGAGGUGAGUCUUCAGGCAGGGCUGAUGAUAAGGAUGAAAACAUCAUAAGAAAUAGAAUUGCGGUGUAUAAUUCUGAAACAGCACCAGUUUUCGAAUAUUAUAAAUCCAAGAAUAAAUCCAAACUUAUACCAGGUACUGGCAGUAAGGAUGAGAUAUUCAAUCGAUUGACAACUAAUUUUGUAGAUUACGUAAAAAUUUGUUGCAGGUCUGGAGCCGGUGGCGCUGGAUCUUCUCACUUUUUCCGUGAUAAAAUGAAUAGUAUGGGCGGACCAGAUGGUGGAGAUGGUGGUCGUGGAGGCCAUAUCAUAUUAAGAGGAAACUCAAAUGUAUGGACACUCCUUGCACUAAAAUACAAAAAACACGUCAUAGCAACUCCAGGAAUGCCUGGUACUGGUAAUCAAAGUACUGGUGCUAGUGGUAAAGACGUCAUCCUUGAUGUACCGCUGGGUACGGUCGCAAAAGAUUUUGAAACAGGUCGAAUAGAAUUUGAAAUCACUUCACACGACGAAACAAGAAUCCUUGCUAAAGGAGGUCGAGGUGGUCUAGGUAACGCACAUUUUAAAUCUGCCACUAAUCAAACUCCUGAAUACUCCCAAACUGGAGAAGCUGGUGAAGAAGUUUGGAAAGUACUUGAAUUGAAAGUCCUUGCAGAUGUAGGUUUGGUAGGAUUCCCAAAUGCUGGUAAAUCAAGUCUUUUGGCUACUAUCACAGCGGCAAAACCAGAAGUAGCUAGCUAUCCAUUCACAACGCUUAUACCUAACCUUGGAAUUGUAAAAUACAGAGACCAUAAGUCAUUCAUCAUGGCAGAUAUCCCAGGUAUCAUCGAAAAUGCCCAUGAAGGUAAAGGUUUGGGACUCAGAUUUUUAAGACACAUAGAGCGGAAUUCAGUCUUGCUUUUUAUGGUUCCAAUAGAUGCGGAAGAUAUCAGCAAGGAAUACGACAUUUUGCUUAAUGAGUUAAAAAUGUACAAUCCCGAACUUGUAGAUAAACCACGUAUGCUGGCUAUUACAAAAAUAGAUUUAGUAGACGAUGAACUCAGAAAACUAAUCGAAAAGGAAAUGAAAGUAGAUAUACCAUAUUAUUUUAUAUCUUCUGUCGCCGAAAAAGGUCUUACUGAGCUAAAAGAUGCGCUUUGGAUCAUGAUGAAUAAAGAAAAAGAU